AUGAACCAUAUAAGAAGAAAUCUGCAGGUGCUUUUACGUUUAACAUUUUACAACAUGAAAAACGUUUCCCAAUAUUUCAUGCCACAAAUUUCACUUCGGCUGGUCUUCUUCUCUGUGGUGCUCCUUUUUGUCACAAAUGCCGUACACGGGACUCCCAGCAGCUAUGAGAAGACAGCACAGAUGGAUGAUCUGCCUGAGGAGCUGAGUUUACGUGACUAUCUAAAUCUCAUGCGUCUGAGAGCUCUCCACGAGGAAUUGGAUGACGGCAGCGAUGGUGAGGUGGAGAGUUUUGGAAAGCGGGCACGAUUCCGUCCGCGGUUGGGAAAACGAAACUACAACUUCCGUGCGCGUCUUGCAUACUGGAUUGGACUAGACUGA